AUGGAAAAAGUUAACCAACAUCAAAAGGAUAAGAAAAAAAAUAAUGGAAAUAAACAUUCGUCCCAAAUUAAUUUAAAGGAAUCCUCGCUUAACAAAAUACUUAACAUACAGCAGGAGACAUUAAACGAAGAAAGUCAUUCGGAAACCUGCAACAAAAAGAAAACUUUUACUCCAAAUCGAAGUAAUGAUGUGGAAGUCAAUAGACAGGAAAUUACUUUUCUCAAUCAAAAUGAUGUUUUGGAGACGAUAUAUUUGGCAUCGGAUGAAAUGUUGGAAUCGAUACAAUUCGAAGAUUCUACUGUAGAAAUUGUUGGAUUUAUCGAUGAAAUUGACGGUCCGAAGAUAGUUGGUAAAUCCCAACAUUAUAGAUUGUUAAAAUUUUUGGUGAACAACAACAGUAAACAUCGCAUUCAAGUUGUUGCCUGGAACGAAGAAAUUGAUCGUAUAAAUUUUUAUAUACAACCAAAUCGAAUUGUGCAUAUUGAUGGUGCUAAGGCUAAAAAGGUAAAAAUACCUGAAUUCAACCAAGGGACACUUCAAUACGAACUAAUUAUUCGAUCCAACACGACAAUAAAUACGUUGGGUAAUUUUGACCUAAAAAAAAACAUUCAAGCGAUGCAACCACAAUUAGUGGAAUUGUGUGAUGUACCUCAAUAUCUUAAUGCAUGCAUUAUUAUACGUGGAUACAUUAAAACGAAUUUUAAUAAAUUUCUAAAUAGUUUUAAAACAAUUGGCUGCGGAUCCAUUACAGAUAAGACGUAUAAAUUGGAGAUACAAAUAGUAAAUUAUGAUAAUGAUGUCUACUUUGACAAGGGGCAAAUGAUUGAAAUGAAAGGAUAUGUAAAAAUUAUGAAUGACAUAUUUUAUUUGGAGAUUGAUCAUUCAACAGACAUAAAGCAAAUAGGAGAGGAAAAGUUAUCAUUUCAACAAUUAUUGUUGGGUACAAGACCAAUUGUAAAAAAAACAUCCAAUGAAGAUUUAGGAUUACCACCACGCAAAAUGAUUCGAAAAUAAUGAUUCUUUUCCAUUUUAUUAAAUAAUAUGUGAAAAUAAUUCUAAUAUUUAAAAAAAUUUUUUUUUAACGCGUUCACAAUGUUUGGUUAUAAUUAGUUUCACUUUCGUGUUAUUUAAACGUUAUAAUA